AUGGCCGCAGGAGAUUCAUUACGUUAUCGUACGCGCACAAUGGUCCCUUCUGGUCCUCCAGAAACUUAUGGAUCAAGAACCAUGACACUCCACCCGGAAGAUCUUGAAGAACAAAGUUCAGGAGAAGAAACAAGAAACCCUUCACAGUCUGUUGGAACUUUGAGACUACGUGGUGGAGGACUUCCAAGUGGUAGAAAAGUAAAAUGGGAUGAAAACGUUGUUGAUAAUGAAGGAAUGGGAAAGAAAAAAUCAAAGAUAUGUUGUAUUUAUCAUAGGCCACGAUCAUUCGAUGAAUCAUCAGAUGAAGACUCAAGCAGUUGUGACGAAUCUGAUCAUGAUAAUGAAGGAGAAGAUGGUCACCAUCAUCAUAAAAAACGGAAUGGUAGUCCAAAUGCUUAUGAACGACAACCACAUUAUAAAGGUCGGUUGCGUCCACAAAAUGUCUCAUAA